AGUAACCGGAAGAAGGGCUAACCUUGACAAGCAAGCAAACACAUGUACUUUACGCUAAGACAAAGACCUAAAAUGUUAUAACAUGCUCUUAAUAUAUUCAAGAGUAUUUUGAAGAAAAACAUAACGCUACAUUUUUUGAAGGUACCCUCUUUUCUUUGUCAUCUUGUUUUUAGUGCGAAAACUACGCUAAACUAUAUUUUUGCUAGCCGCCGCAAAUGAAUGGUUAUUGGUUACAGCAUAAUUUCUACACAUGCCGAAAUAGCUGUCAUUUAGUAGACUUCAUUUUGGCGUUGUCUGCUGUUCAACUAUGAGCCUGCCUUUUCUGUUUGCCACUAGAGGCUCUAGGGCUGUCCACAGACUGCAACAAAGUCCGUGUUUAUCACCAAUUUCAGUUUUAUCUAGAUACAAGAGAGUCCACUUUUUAAGAUAUGCCAGUAGCCAUCAGUGCAAGGACAACAGAAACCAUUAUGUAACCACUCCGAUCUUCUAUGUCAACGCGUCUCCUCAUUUGGGACACUUGUAUUCAGCUGUGAUAGCUGACUGCUUGCACAGGUACAAGCUACUUCAGGGAUUCAGAUCAAAGUUUGCAACUGGCACAGAUGAGCAUGGUUUGAAAAUCCAACAAGCUGCUGAAGCUGCUGGAAAAGAUCCCUUGACCUUUUGCACUGAUGUGUCAGAGCGAUUCAAAAAUCUCUUCAGUAGCUGCAACAUUUCAUAUACAGACUACAUACGAACCACUGAACAGAGGCAUCGUAGUGCCGUUGAGCAUUUCUGGUCAGUGCUCCGGAACAAAGGGCUUAUCUACAAAGGUAGCUAUGAGGGCUGGUAUUCAACACAGGAUGAGAGUUUCCUCAUGCCAUCACAGGUGGGCGACGCUAUGGACUCAUCAGGGAAGGAUAUCAAAGUAUCACUUGAGAGUGGACACAAGGUGGAGUGGAUGAAAGAGGAGAACUACAUGUUCCGCCUGUCUGCAUUUCGGUCUCAGCUUCUUAGCUGGCUCAGAGGGAACCCAGGGGCUGUGCAGCCUGAGCGUUUCUACCAGGCUGUUCUCCACUGGCUACAAGAGGAUCUUCCUGACCUCUCGGUGUCACGUCAGAGAAGUCGUCUUCACUGGGGCAUUCCAGUCCCUGGUGAUGCAGAACAAACCAUCUAUGUCUGGUUAGAUGCUCUGGUGAACUACCUCACCGUAGCUGGCUAUCCAAAUAGCCAUGAGCAGUGGUGGAAUGUUGCCCAUCACAUUGUAGGAAAGGACAUUUUAAAAUUUCAUGCCAUCUACUGGCCAGCCUUUCUUCUGGGAGCUGGACUCCCACUGCCACAAACAAUAUAUGUGCACUCACACUGGACAGUUGGAGGAAAGAAAAUGUCUAAAAGUUUAGGUAAUGUUGUAGAUCCCCUUGAACGAUCACAGGUGUUUACCACUGAUGGUAUGAGGUACUUUCUUCUGCGACAGGGUGUCCCGGACUCGGAUUGCGACUACACCGAUGACAAAGUUAUGAAGCUGUUGCACGCAGAGCUUACUGACUCUCUUGGUGGUUUGCUUAACCGCUGCACAGCUCCAGCACUUAAUCCAGCUCAGGUCUACCCUUCUUUCUGCGCUCAGUCCUUUCCAAGUCAACAGGGGGGCAGGGCUGUCGUUGAAGACUAUUACAUGUUGGAUGCUGUUGGAAAACUUCCUGCUUUGGUAGAGCGGUACUAUGAGAACAUGCAUGUCUACAAAGCUCUGGAGGCCAUCACAGCCUGCGUGAGGCAGACCAAUGGUUUUGUUCAGCGCCACGCACCUUGGAAGCUGGACAGAAAGGAUAGUAAAGACCAGCAGUGGAUAAGCACAAUUAUCCAUGUCUCACUUGAAUGCUUGAGGAUUUAUGGCACACUCCUUCAACCCGUGGUGCCAGACAUUUCUAACAAGCUCUUGUCCAGACUCGGGGUGCGACCAGGUGAGAGGGGCUGGGCGGCGCUGAACUUUCUACCAAGGUAUCAGGGACUAGACUGUCCCUUUGAGGGGAGAGCACUAGGGUGCGACUCCGGGGUGCUUUUCAGGCGCUUGGACAGUCCAAAUGUAGAUAAACAAAAACCAAAGACAACAAAAAAGUCAGCAAAUUAAAAAUGUUUCAUGUUCACUUUUGACUUGUGUAAUUAACCUCUCAGAGGAGAGACUGCAAGGAAAGUUGCCAUUAUUGAAAGUUUAUGUUGUCAGCUUAAUUUUGUGUAUAAAGGGAACUCUUGCUCUAUAAAUUGAGAGAAUUGUUAUUUUUAUAAUGUAUUGCUAAAUACACUACCACAGUAUCAGUUUUCUUAUUUUUAGACCGUUUACAGACAACUGAAGUAUUGUUUACAUCUUUUUACUUAGAAACUGCUCAAAGCCUUUUCACAUAUUUCCUGGUUCAUGACAUUCUGCAUAGUGGUUCACUAUAGCAGUUUACUGUGGCUACUAGAACAAAGUUCAUUAGUAUCAACAAGUGCCUGUGACAUCAACAGGCUACACUGAAGCACAGACUGAAAAGUGUAUCAACACAGUCAUAAUAAAUUGCUGUUUAAACUCCAAUCUAGUCCUGCAGCAGGAGUUAUAAUAAAGCAAAUAAAAUUACAUUAAGACAUUUAUAAACCUGGUAUUUAGACAAGCAAUACAAAAAUGACAUGAUUUUUUUAAUGAGAAAUACACGAAACUGAAAAAAUUGUACAAAUUGAAAUAAAAUAAAAAAUUGCAUUAU